AUCUUUCCAGUUGCCGUUGCCAGCCGUUUCCUACUUGUGCUUUUUCACUUUUCCGUUCUCUCAAACCUUUUUUCUCUGCUUCCGUUUCGUUUCUCCGUUCAAAACAAGAUCGAAUCAUAAAAAGUUUCCUCCUUUUUUUCUUCUCGAAACAAAAGAGAAUUCUUGACGUCUUCUACUCCAUUUUCCAUCAAUACCCAUUUCUUCUAUCGCUCUCGUUUCCAAGAAAAAAGAGGGUUUUAGAGAGAAGCAAAACUCAAAUGGCGACGAACAUCGGAAUGAUGGAUAGUGCAUACUUCGUCGGAAGAAACGAGAUUCUGACUUGGAUUAAUGAUCGUCUUCACCUCAAUCUCUCUCGCGUCGAAGAGGCUGCAUCUGGUGCUGUGCAAUGUCAGAUGCUUGAUAUGACAUUUCCAGGAGUUGUGCCAAUGCACAAGGUUAACUUUGAUGCAAAGAACGAGUACGAUAUGAUACAAAACUACAAGGUCUUGCAAGAUGUGUUCAACAAGCUGAAAAUUACAAAGCCAUUGGAAAUUAACAGGCUUGUCAAAGGCCGGCCACUGGAUAACUUGGAGUUUCUGCAAUGGCUGAAACGUUUCUGUGAUUCCAUUAAUGGUGGCAUUAUGAAUGAGAACUAUAAUCCAGUGGAGCGAAGAUCAAGAAAUGGUAAAGAGAGGAGUGUGAAGGGAUCUAAUAAGAUUCCAAAGUCACUGCAAACAAACAAUAACCAUCCUCCACCCAAUUCCAGUUCAGUUGGUCUUAGCAAAGCAUCAGGGCCCAAGUCAGCAAAAGCAGCUGAAGUGCAGGCUUUGUCGAAGGAGCUCGUGGAUCUCAAGAUCUCUACUGAUCUCUUGGAAAAAGAAAGAGACUUUUACUUCUCCAAGCUCCGGGAUGUAGAGAUACUCUGCCAAACUCCUGAGCUAGAUGAUCUUCCGAUAGUGGUAGCAGUGAAGAAGAUACUGUAUGCAACCGAUGCAAAUGAAUCUGCAUUAGAAGACGCUCAAGAGUACCUAAACCAGUCCCUAGGAGUUGAAGAUGAUGAAGCUGAAGGAAACGGAGAACAACUGGAAGAAGAAAAGACUCAAGCCUAAGCUCUGACUAUUAACAAUCCUAAGUAGAAGGGUGACGAACAAUGGCUGGCCAUGGCCUUCUCUUCCAAGUUUCUUUUGUGAAAGGAAACUAACUGAAACUUGAAGAUGAAUGAGCUUCUUCUAUUAGAAAGAUUAGUUUGAAAACAAAGAGACUUAUUUUUGUUACUAUUCAAGAGGCUUUUUUCUUGUUUUAAAACAAUACUUUGACCCAAAGUGAGAAUUUAAGUGUCGGUGCUUCCU